AGGUGACCUCGGGAAUAGCGAUGACUCGCCAUUUGUACCGAGAACAUAAAAUUCCCACGUAAAAUGUGUAGCUGAUUCUUCAGGGUGAAGUGCAUUUACCAAUUAUGGACUAUGAGAAGACAUGCUUUCUAAGAUGGAACGACUCAGUAUGAGUGAAUGUUUUUGACGACGAAAAGUUGUGCAGUUACAUAGUAGGGAACGGAUCGUGGCUUUCUUGCUGCUCUCUUAAGUCUUGCAAGUCGGCGGAUUAAUGUUGAAGCUUGAUCGGAUGUAUUACGGUCUAUAUAUGGACUGUUAAACUGUGCCAAAUUUGGACUUGGAUCAACAAAACUAUCAGGCCUUUCAUUCUAGGUAGGAGUCAAUACGAAAUGAAAAGUUUAUCGAACUGGUUUGUUUUACUCGUGCUUUGCCAGAGUGGUCUAGGAAGUGAAAAAUGUAAAGAGAUUAGAUACAUUGGAGGUGAGCCUGUAAACCAAGAUCAAGGCGUACACUCCACUGUUUUCCGGGUGUUCCUCGACACGUCUUACAUCAUCAGCGCUGACGGCAAUGUAAUAGGAUGGCAGUUUAUGAAUAUGCGUGAGAGCAAGUUUUACCUGGACAUUUGGGAAAAGGUGACGAACGUAAAAUACAAAUUAAUUAGCAAGACUGAAAUUUCAAACGCUCCAGUUGGGCUGAACACCAUGCCCCUUAGCACACCAAUAGCGGUCAAGAAAGGCCAGUACCUCGGUAUACACGUACCGACUGGAUAUGAGGGUGGUGUUUCAACUGGGAAUGGGGAAACGAAUUCGGACUACCCAAACUUUGGAGAGCAAGACUAUUAUGAUGAGCAGUUGGUAGGCAAUGGGAACGUGUACGAGGGGAGUUAUAAAAAUUACAGGACUCCUGGAAGAAAGUACUCUUUUAGAGCGUUACUGUCUGUUCCAAACACUGACCCGUCAUGUUACCGGUUGUUCGCCAAAAACUCGGCCUUAGACGUCUCGAAGGUAGCCCUCAUCUCGACACAGACGACCGAUGAUGUGCUCUCGUGUGCCCGGAUGUGUAGUCAUAAUGAAAAGUGUAUGACCUUCAAGUUAAAGAUGAGUACGAAGGAGUGUUCGAUGUACCCUAGUGUCUUUGAUACACUUCUGUCGCCGGGACCUGAUGAAAUUUACGGAACAUAGCAGUUGGUUGUACCCUUGGCGUAUUCAGAUCACUUGUUGCUUUAUCUUGGGCGUAGUAAACCGUGCUGUAGGACUAGAAUGAAUCAGGCCUUGCAAAGACUUAAAGAGAAAGGAUCGAAAUUUCAGAACAACGGUACUGUGAAAUAACAAUUUUGCAUGAUUUAAUCGAUUUCUCCUAAAUAAUUGAACCACUUUGAGAUGAUUGAUAUAGGGAACGUGAUCCAAAUUCGAUGCAGUAAACGAUUUAAGCAGAUGAUACAUUUCAUAAAUUUAAAAUGGGUAUGAAUUAAGUGAAUGGUCUAUUUGUGAACAACGAUUUACCUUUGGGAAUCCUAAUCAUUCGCGAUGUAUCAAGCAAUCAACUAUUCAUUCAGUAGCAUUGCAUACGUAGGGGUUUUGAAAUCAUUUACACGUGGAAAAACUUAACUGUAGUAAUAACGUACAUGUUGAAAAUCGCGUAGAUGCAACUAAUUUAUAGUAUUCGCGUAUUCCUAAUGAAAUAUGGCGAUGAUAGGCACGAAGUCCUGACGAGGUGGCGAUAGCAUGUCUCCUGACGUUAUACCUUUUCGUGUUCACUGAUAAAGAUAAUCUUUGUCUUUCCAUAGAUAUUUCUGGUCAUGCAAAAGUUGUGCAAGAGUUUCUCUGAAAGGUCGAAACACAUCAUCGAGAAUUUUCCUCGUGGCGUGAAACAUCGGUUUCAUUCCAGGUGUACUGUACUCCUCCUUGGUGUUCCGGUGUUUCUUAUUUCCUAUCCGAUUCAUUUCAGCCUUUCCUGGGGAGUCUGGAAUAGAAUGAACAGGUUAUUAUAGAUAAAAGGUGAAGUCCAGUUAACUGAAUCUCUGGCAAGUAUAAACCAACGAUAUAUGAAGAGUAUUAACAGAUUUUAGAGAGCAUACGCAUGCCAAAUGAUUCCAACAAAUUAAUAAGGAUGAUGAAUUAUAAUCGAUUCGUAUUCUGUCAAUUCAUUUGGGCUCCAAAUGUUUGAAACCGGUGUACAUGUAGCAGGCAAAAUGUCAGUCCCCCCAGGAAAAAGUGUCCGGCCCCAUAAUCUUUUGGCGGAUUAUGACAAAUGGUUCUAAAGAGACGUCGAGUUUUGAAUUUCAAAGUCAUUUUGAGUUGGCGCCAACGAAGUUGAGUUUUAAAUUUCUAUUUGAGAAUCGGAAUGAACCUUCUGGGCCUUUGCA